CGCUGUGCUUCGCGUCCGAACCCCCAGCCUCGGACCUAGGCUCGGUCAACGGUGGGUCAUGUUCCCACCUAGGUCUUCCAGAGUCUUGUCCGAGCCUCAGCUCCGGGGGUCGAGCCUCUUAUAACGACUCCAAACCUGCAUUUCCCGCUCUUUUAUCUCUCCAUCAGUCGCUUAGUGAAGUGGAGAAAAGAGGAAAGUCGCAGAGGGAAAUAUUAAGGAAAGGGGGCGGCUUCUUCCUUCAAUGCUUACUAUUUCUAUUGCUGUCUCUGUUCUUGCUAUUGAUAUUCAUGGCAAGGAGCUGGCUUAUUGACAGCAGAGGACUAGCAAAGAAAGUAAAAUGUGCAACGCUAUCAGCUGCAUAUCAGAUCAAAGAUUGUGGGGCAAAUCGUGAAUGCCCAAAAUGCCAUUGUCGUAUUGAUAACAGUGAUGUUUCCACUGAAUGGCCUGGUCUUCCUGCAGGUGUGAAAUUUGAUCCAUCUGAUGCUCAGCUCUUAGAACAUUUAGCAGCAAAAUGUGGAGUAGGAAACUCGAAACCACACAUGUUUAUUGAUGAGUUCAUUCCCACACUUGAGGGGGACAAAGGAAUUUGCUACACCCAUCCAGAAAAUCUUCCUGGUGCCAAGAAAGACGGAAAUAGUGUCCAUUUUUUUCACAGAACUAUCAAUGCUUAUGCUACUGGUCAACGGAAACGCCGAAAGAUCCAUAGCCAAAAUGAUGUGAUAGAGGAGCAUGUUCGCUGGCACAAAACAGGCAAGACUAAGCCUGUGUUAGAAAAUGGGAUUCAGAAAGGCUGUAAGAAGAUCAUGGUUCUUUAUAGAAGUUCAAAAAAGGGGAUCAAACCAAAUAAAUCAAAAUGGGUCAUGCACCAAUACCAUCUAGGGAUGGAAGAAGAUGAAAAAGAAGGCGAAUAUGUAGUUUCAAAGAUUUUUUAUCAGCACCAGAAGCAGAAUGAUAAGGAUGAUAUUAAUCUAGUCAUUGAACAAUCUGAUAUGGGGACAAUACGUACUAGCCCAAGGACACCCAAAACAAAUACUCCCAAUCCUCCCCGGCCUGGAAAAUCUAUUUCAUGUGAUGACGUCGCUGAUGACAAUAUACAACAAGCUUCUCCCCUUGAAGCUGAGGUUACUGCAGGAGCAUAUCAGCGCCCGUUUGGGGAUGAUUUGGUGUACCCUGAAUGGUUGGCAGGCGAAUCGCAGGCUGUCGACAACUUGGAUCAAAACGGCAUUGAUGACGAAUUGCUAUGCAAGGAGAUUUUUGGUUCUUAUACUCCUCUUGGUGAUCCAAUGUUAAAUCCCGGCCCUUUUGCUGGUCACGACAGAAAUGAUUUCUUCGGAGGAGAUAAGAAUGCAACCUGUGGAAUAGCCGAUCUGGAAAAUCUUGAACUGGAUACUCCACCAGAUUUCCAGCUUGCAGAUUUACAGUUUGGUUCUCAGGACAGUAUUCUUGGUUGGUUAGACCGUAUGUGAAAAUGAUUGAUGAGCAAAAAUGCUUUUAAAGAAUGGCAAUGAGAAUCCCAAUUUUGUGCCAACCCAGUGUGAUGCUCUUAUUUUGGCGGUGUAUAUCUUGCUUUGCUGUAAAAGAGCAGUAAGUUGCCUCCGGGAGGCAGUGGGACUUUGCCCCUCUUCAGCGAUUUUAUUGAGUUUGAAUGCUGGGCUGUAAGGCAUGCAAGGCUAGACCUAUUUAUCUGCAUAGUCUGGGAAAUCAGUGGUUGGACCCGAUUCUGUGAUCAAACAAAUGAAUCCAGCAUGUUGUCUCUCUUUUGUGGCUUUUCCAUGUUUAUUUGUGUCCAUACCAUUUCAGAUAUCUCUGUUCGGUGUUGUUUUCUGUGGGUGCUAAUAUGUAUGUAUUGGAAAUUCCAAACUUGAAUUCGGAUUCAAUAUUACUUCAUGCUCUGUAGUUCUGAACUA